CUAAUAAACACAAAAAAAGAAAAUUAUAUAAUCGAGAGGAGCAAUUAUCUCUGAGGUCAAAACUCUUCGGUGGAGGAGAAGAAUCGAAACGACAUGGAUCCAGAACUCGGGUUUCUAUCCCAGAUUUGAUUCAACUUUAGCUUUGUUGCUUUUUGGAAAAUGAGAUCCCCAAGAACCCUAGAGGUUUGGAAGCUAGGGACUGUGAACUAUUUGAAGUCCCUUAAACUUCAAGACAAGUUAGUUUCCGAGAGAAAAGCUAACCGAAUCCCCGAUACACUCCUCUCGCUUCAGCAUCCACCAACUUACACGCUGGGAAAACGUAGAACCGAUCACAACUUACUCAUCCCUGAAGCUGAACUCAAGAGCAUUGGAGCUGAGCUUCAUUACACUCAAAGAGGAGGAGAUAUCACUUUCCAUGGCCCUCGCCAAGCCGUCUUAUACCCCAUCCUCUCCUUACGCAGCAUAGGUUUUGGUGCUAGGAGCUAUGUGGAGGCAUUGGAGAGGUCAAUGAUCGAGUUUGCUUCGCUUUAUGGGGUGAAAGCUCGUCCAGGAAACAAAUGUGAGACUGGGGUUUGGGUGGGAGAUGGAAAGAUUGGUGCUAUUGGGGUUCGUAUAUCCUCUGGAAUCACUUGUCAUGGUAUGGCCUUCAACAUAGAUCCUGAUAUGAAGUACUUUGAGCACAUUGUUCCUUGUGGGAUUGCUGAUAAAGAAGUUACUUCUCUGAGAAGGGAGACGGAUGCUCAGCUUCCUUCCGACGAAGUGAUCCACGAGCAGUUGGUUUCUUGUUUGGCCAAAGUGUUUUCAUAUGAUGAUGUUGUGUGGAAGGAAGAUCCUUCAGCCAUUUUAGACACCCUGGAGGAUGAAGACUAAUAGUACAUUAUCUUUCAACUUUCAAUGCAUUUGAUUUCAGAUUUGUAACACAUUAUAUCAUUUGAUCAAAUCUAUAAACGUUCAUCA